AUGGUGCACAACAUCCUCCAAUUGUCCACUAUGGCGUCGUUACGGCCCAGUAUCCCGACCCGGGGCGAGUUCAUCCUGGCUGGGCCAGAGACUGCCGCGAAGGGGCAGAAGUUCGCGGUGCCCAUCGUCUUCCGGAUCCGAGCCGACGAGUUCCCGGGCGUGCCGGUCGACCAGCUCGAGGUCGAGUUCCACCUCGUGACGAGGGGAGGAGAGGGGCUGCACCCGCAGCUCGGCGCCGUCAUGGAGCCGCAGGGCGGCGUGGCGAGCCAGCGCGCGGUCCGCUGGGACAACGGCGCGGCGUACUUCGUCGUCGAGGCGCCGUCGAUCCACUACAGCGGCUGGUUCGGCAUCGCGGCCAAGAUCAAUAGCCUCCGGGACGGGCAGCCGCCGCUGGUGGUUGGCCGGCAGGUCAGACAGGGCAUGCUAAAGGUGGAGAGGUAUCACGCGUCUGGGCCUCAGAUAACCAGCGAGCAAGCCAAGCUUAUAGCCAACCUCAAGGCUCGUGGUGUUCUUGUCGACCGGGCCGUGUCCCGCAGGGGCACUGGGCUUUCCCAGGCGGAGACAGGAUGCUGUGUCAUUCUUUGA